AUGACUACAGGCCAAAAACUCAGGUUCGAACGGGUUCGAACAGGUUCGGACCGGUCCAGAUUUUUUCACCUCCAGCUGAACCUUGAACCGGACCAUCGGUUCAGUCCGGUUUCGGGCAUCUCGGCGAACUGGACCUGGGGUCCAGUUCAAGUUCGAACCGGGUUCACUCAGGUUCUGAACUGGACCACGGCAACACUACCUAGCCCCGGUGAAAAGGAGAAAUAUAUUCGCUCUCUCAUCCGGGACAUCACAUCGAAGUGGAAGAUUACUCCCAUCCAAUCCCUCAGCGAUAAAGACAUCAUCGAGAUCAACGCGUUUCUUGCUGAACUGCCUGACGACAUCAAGCAUCAGCUUUGCUUCUGGCAUGGGAUCAGGGCCGUCCGCGGUCGUUUGUCCGUAAUCGGGCGCCCACCGGCAUUCUAUCAUGCUAAAGAAGCAUUUCAAGAAUUCGACUUCAUCGACAGAGACUUUGUGCCUCUCGCUCAGAUGGAUCCAGCUAAGCGGACCCCUGAGAAUCUUCAGGUCGCUCAAGUCAUGCUGCCGAUGUUGAAGGUCCGCCUGAAUGGAUCCGCUAUCUCCACGGCUCCCAAACUACCGAAAAUAGUCAUCCAAGUUGACGGAAAGCUCCGCGAGUUUCUCGGCAGCCUGGACAGCCUGGAAGAAUCAGAUAUCGUGGAUGUCGUAGACGAAGAAGCGGAGUAUGCUGAGCAUCUCAUUCGAGAGAAUGCUCACAUGGUCAAUCAAGCAGAAGCAGAGCCGUCCUGGAUAGAGCCCGGCGAGAAACCAAUCGGAACCAGCUUCCGUGUCAGCGACGACUACGAGUUCUGCCGUCCGCCGCACCGAUCGCAGCUCCUCCAUACUUUCAUCCGACAUGGCUGCCUGCAUCCUCUGCUACCGGAACGUCACGGAGAACGACACAACAAAGAUCAAAUCCGACGCGACUGUGUCUUCGAGAUGUACACUUUCUGCAAGCAGCGCGGUCUACGCGAAGUUUGGGGCUAUAUGUGGGAAGCGUGGUAUUGUCCAGCAAAAUGGAGGCUUUGGGCACGUUCGAGCCAGCCGAAUUUCAUUGGUCGCUGGCGUACCACAAUGUCCGUGGAGAAUUUCUGGAAGAACUUGAAGCACGGAACUCUACACCAUUUCCUCCAUCCUCGGCUGGAUCAACUCGUUUAUCUUAUUGUGACCGAUGUCGUUCCAACUUUCGAAGCAAGUAUGCUCAAAUUCGAUCCAAAUUGGCGACUCGGCCGAUCGAAGAAGCUUGCACCGUGGCAGUCCGCUUUCAAAUCGGAAUGGGCGAAGCUUUCUCGCCGUGAACUGGACUCUAAUGCUGACUCAUACACCACGGACAUUUCGACGUGGACUUGCACUUGCGGGCAGCAGAAGUACAAUGCAUUCCUCUUAUGCAAACAUCUCGUUCAAUCCGUUGAAUCUCCUGACCCCAGAUUUUUCCGCGAAGUUUAUCGGAGGCGGGUCACUCCGUUCUAUCAUCACGCGCUUCUAAAGCCAAAAGAUGGUUCUUCCGUCGACGAUUCUCACUUUUCUCCCUCGCGUCUUGCUGGCGACCUCACACCGGAGCAGUUUUACCUCCCUCAGGCCAAAGAGCUCGCUGUCAGUGAGCAAUCCCGGAAACGCAACUUCAGCAACACUCAGACCGAUGAGUCCACUGAGAGACAGCUAACUGACAGCGAAGAUGAUCCAGUCGCCGCUUCGUCUUCGUCGACACGUUCUCAGUCGGCCGUUCAUCCGGAUGAAGACUUUGAUGAUUCGGAUGAGCUCGAAGACCAUACCCGUAAACUUAUCCGGGACCUGCGUCGUGGAGCGGAUAUCCUAGAAGGACAGCUCUCGCAGCUGUCCGAGUCGAAGAUACUCUUGCGCAAUGUGAAACGACGAAAGCUUGGCCGCGAUGUUACCCAUUUCGUUCAGGACAUUCGGCAUUCUCACGAAACAGGGCGCGUGAGAAAGACUGUGUGGGGACAAAAUGGUGGGAAAGCAGCACGGAGAUACACUAAUAAUACACUGGGCUCGAGCCAGCCAUCUGCCUCCAUCAAUGACGUAUUCGUCUGCUGCACGCGCGUCGACAAGCACUUCGGCACGGUCCUCGCGUCGGUCAAGGCUGGCAAGGACGCGUUCGUCGAGUGGCCGCUUGCGCACGAUGUGCAGCACGCAAAGCAGCUGGCGGACGCGGCCAAGGCCGCCGGCGGGCGCACGAUGGUCGGGUUCCAAGGCCGCGUGGGCUCGCUGCCGCUCAAGCUGAAGGCGAUUAUCGAGGAGGGCCGGAUCGGCAAGGUCCUGAGCUCCGAGCUGCGCGUGUCGGGCGGCACCUAUGAGCGCGACAUCAUCCCAAGCACAUUCGAGUACGUGAUGAAGCGGUCUUACGGCGGGACCAUCGUCACCAUCUUCGGAGGACAUCUCUUCGACAUCGUGCAGCAUGUACUGGGUGAAGCCACCGACAUCACGCCGCACCUGCAGCUGCAGCGGCCGAUCAGCCACGUCCGCGACGCAGUGACGAACGCGAUCACCCACACCGUUGAAUCCGACGUCCCAGAUCUGUUCAUCGUCACCUCGCGCAUCGCCCAGUCGUCUACCGUUGUGCGCGAUGCGUCGCUGCUGUUCCGCUUCCGCCGCGGCCCGCCUUUCCCUGGAGAGCCGUCGCUCGUGUGGACUAUCACCGGGGAGCACGGUGAAAUACGCGUGACGAACCAGGCGGCCUUCACGCUGCACAUCACGGCAGAGGGUGUCGAUGUUGAGCUGCACGACUUCAAAACGGACAAAGUCGAGAAGAUUGAUUGUGGUCCCUCCGAGUCUUGGCCCGAGGAUCCAAACACUCCUGUUCCCGUCUUCGGGAAGCAUGUCGGUCUGCUUUACGAACGGUUCGCGAGUGGAGGAGAGAUCACGACCUGGGACGACGCCAUAAAGAGACACGAGCAGAUUGAUGCCUUUACCGCGGGAUGGAACGCGUAG